AUGGACGACGUAGGAGACUUGGACCGUUUUCCAAACAAUUUCAAGUUUGAAGAAGUUGUGGAAAAUGAAAGUAUACCACAAUCCGAUGUUCAAAUGAGAGAGAUUGAGUUCAAAUGCUUUGCACUUCUUGGAAAAGGAGGUUAUGGAAAAGUCUAUCUCGCGUAUGUUCAUGGUCGAACAAAAUACUACGCUAUCAAAGAAGUAAGAAAGGAUAUCAUCGUAUCGAAAAACAAGCUCAAGUACGUCAAAAACGAGUUUCACGUUUUCAAACAGCUUGAUUCGGUCUUCUUUCCCAAAUUCUACGCUGCUUUUACCAAUGAGAAGUACCUGAUGUUCGUUAUGGAGAACGUUGAAGGUGGAUCGAUGCGUCAAUUGCUUGAGAGACAAGGACGACUGGACCAACACGAAGCUAAGUUCUACGCAGCUGAGUUGUUUGUUGGCAUCUGUUAUCUUCAUGAUAACAACAUUGCUCAUAGAGAUCUGAAGUGUGAAAAUCUUCUUCUUACUGCGAAUGGUCACCUUAAAAUCUGCGACUUCGGAUUAGCCAAACCAAACAUGACUGAAAACACUCUCUGCACAGAAUUUUGCGGUACACUUCUCAUGCUGGCUCCAGAAGUGCUCCAAGGACUUGCAUAUACCCGUAGCACCGAUUGGUACGCAUUUGGGCUCAUCUUGGCGGAGAUGUUCAUCGGAAGAUCACCAAUGUUUCUUGGAGACAGAAAGUCCACAAAGCAAUUCAUAAUUGAGAUGCCUUUCGACAAGUUGGCACUCCCAGAAAUGCCGUUUUUUGCUAAGAAUUUGGCGAAUAAACUGGUCACGGAUCGACGGAAGAGACUGAAGCCAGAACAAAUCGCCAACGAUCAGUUCUUCGUUGGAACCGACUGGAACAAUGUCCGACUUCAACUCAUCCCUCCUCCAUUUGGUCGCAACAAGUUCAUUCAGGAAACUCGUGUUUUGAUCAGUGGAAAAGGCAAUGAAGUGGGCAUUGUUUCAGAGUCAAAGCAGAAUUUGUUCGAAGAAUUUGAUUACAACGUUCCCGGAGAAUUUCAAUAA